UGCUAUACUACUGCAUAUCCACACAAAACCACCACACCCUUCAUGUCAUUCAUAUCUCUCUCUCAAAUGGAACUUUCAUCCAUCCAAAGCCUUCUCUUCAUCUUCCUCAUCUCUCUCUACAUUUUCCACUUCUUCCUUAUCCGAAAACCCAAACCGACCCAAACAACAGGCUUCAAAUUCUACCCAUUUGUCGGAACCCUCCCAGAUUUCAUCCAAAACCGCCACCGCUUCCUCGACUGGUCCACCGAAGUCCUUUCUCUCUGCCCCACCAACACCGCUGUCUUCCGCCGCCCCGGCAAAGUCCACGGCGUCAUCACCGCCAACCCCUUAAACGUCGAACACAUCCUCAAAACCAACUUCGAUAACUACCCAAAAGGCAUUCGAUUCAUAUUCUACCUCCUUCCACUCAUCCUCGCCGGCCGCGAUACGACAUCGUCGGCUCUCACUUGGUUCUUCUGGUUACUCUCCUCUAGACUCGAGAUCCAAAAAAAGAUUCUCCAAGAGCUCGAAACGGUAAGAACCCGAAACGCGAAACGUACCGGCGAAACGUACAGUUUCGACGAGUUACGCGAAAUGGGAUAUCUACACGCGGCGAUUUCCGAAGCUAUGAGACUGUACCCUCCAGUUCCUGUAGACACUAAGGCGUGCAAAGACGACGACGUUUUACCAGACGGUACGAUUGUGAAGAAGGAUUGGUUUGUGACCUAUCACACAUAUGCAAUGGGGAGGAUGGAGAGUAUAUGGGGGAGUGACUGUAGGGAAUUUAAACCGGAGAGGUGGAUUGAAAACGGUACGGUAAAACAGGAGAGUCCGUUCCGGUAUCCGGUAUUUCAUGCGGGUCCGAGAAUGUGUCUCGGGAAGGAGUUGGCGUAUAUUCAGAUGAAGUCGAUUGCAGCAUCCGUGAUGGAGAGGUUCGAGAUUGACGUGCUAAAUAAGGACAAGUGUCCCGAGCAUUUGUUAUCUUUGACUUUGAGGAUGAAGGGUGGUUUACCUGUGAAAGUGAAGGAAAGAUAUGUGGAAGCUUAGUAAUUGAUUUUUAAUGAUUAUAUAAUAUUUUUGGUUUGUUUAUAAUAUUGUGGCCUAUCUAUUGGAAUGGUUAUUUGGUCU